AUGGCCUCUCAAUCCAAUCUCGAUUAUCAGAUCUUUUGGGCACCACGACCGCUGUCAAGGCCACGGUGCGUCGAGGGUCAAUCGCAUCCUCGCCCACCUCGGCCACUGCCGAAGCCCUCGCCGUUGCCGCUGGAUGAAAGUCGUGGAAUGAUUGUUGUGCCGAAAGGAUCGCCUCACUCGUCGCCAAGGCUGGCGUCAAGCAGAGACGACGCUAUCUACAUUUCCGAAGAUGCAGCUUCAGACAUCAACGACGCGUCUCACGAAUUAUUUGAUGAAACAAUGCCGCCAAUCCGGGCUAUCGUGCAGUCUCUGGAAAACGCUGGAAAAGUGGGCAGCACAAAUGAUGGCUUUGAGCAAUCGUCACAAUGCAAGGAUGUGCAUGAAGCAAUUGACCAAAUGGCCGACUCCAAGCCUCCCGAUCAUGAACAACUCAACGAGAGCCACAGGCCGACUGUUGACCUAGCUGCUGAAUGCCUGAAUGGCGUUUCUGCGUCGACACCUCGAACAUGUACAUCCACGCCCACUUCGAUGACUGAUGGAUCACAGACUGGUAGCUCGUCUUGUGAAUCUUCGCCUCGGGACGCUAAUUCUUCACAUGCCCAUAGUUGUUCUGUAUCGGCAGACGAUCAAAGCAUCAAAAAGCCCUCUUCAUCAGAGAUACCGUGGUGUGCUGACAGUCAGCUGCAUUCCCAUGCAUUGGCAGCACCGUCGCAAAAGCUGGCAUCAAUCAAAGAUGACUCGUUCGACGUUUCCGACACGGCUCUUGGCGACACCGAUACGUCGUGCGAGAAGUCAUCUGAUGAAACGCUACCUUCGGUGCGAACUGGAGUGCGGUCUCUAGAAGAAACUGGGAAAAUGCGCAGCACCGUUGGUGAUAGCGAGCAAACGUCAAAUUCCGGGGAUGUGCGUGAACCAUCCCACGGACCGCUUUCUUCUCCGCUACUUGACCGUAGCCGAAUAUAUCAGAGCGCCACAUUUUCGCUGGUUAAGCCGGCGGACUGCCCAACGAGAGUUUCAUCAUCGAUCUCUCGAAUUGGGAGUCCCAUAGCCUCAACGCCGGCCUCCUCGCGCCCGAAUAGACUAUCGCCUGAAUCGCAAGUCUGGGACGCCGUUUCUACGCAAACAAGCUGUACUUCCAUGUCAGCUCUUGGCAACGGCGAGGACGAGAUCGACGAUCAAAUCCGCACCGGGACAAACCUACCAGAGAAGGCCGCCAACGAUCCACGCGAACGAGAGUACACAUGCGACGAGGAGCCACUCAUGAGGACGGCCACCGCUCGGGCGCUGAACAAGAGGUCACGGGAGUCAUUUGUGGACCACGGUACCGAGCAGUCUGAAGCGGAAAGCCUGCGUGGGGCAGUAGACGAUCCGGAAUAUUGCCCAUCACCAAGUGACGAAUCAGAAGACGAUAGCGACAGCCCAUCUGGUGACGAAGAACAGGCAUCCCGCAAGCGCCGCAAACUCCAAACACAGUCUUGUAAACUCAAAUCGCGACGUCAACGAAGCGUUCAUUGUGAAUUGGCGGGGUUGGACCAGGCAUCAGAGCCGGUUUCUGCAGCGCAAGAGGAUGUACAUGCUGUGGCGGAGCCCGCGGAUGCGGCGUUCGAUGAAUGGAUCUUGCAGGAUGUGGUACUAAAACGAACGAUCAUGGACGGCAAGGCCACAUUCCUGUUCCAGUUUGACUGGGAUCUCUGCGCAAAACACGGGCAGGCAGCUCGCAAACCUCGCAAACGGUCUAAGCAGCAAGGUCAAGCUAAGCCUAUCGCGAAGAACAAUGGAAGAAGGAGGUUCACAGCAUCGGAAGACCAAUGGCUCGCUAGAUGGAAGGAAGAAGAAGGGCUAUGUUGGGCUGAGAUCCAUUCGCGCUUUUGCGCCAAAUUUGAAGAACGGUCAAAGGAAGCACUCCAAGUGCGGUAUUGUACGAGAUUAAAGCAACAGAACAAUAAUUGA